AACUUACUUGUUGAUAUGGGUCAUUUUUACCUCAAUAUUUAUCAUGAAAAUUGUUUUGUUUUACAGGGUCCACAGGGUCAGAGGGGCAGUCCAGGAAUCGGUGGGCCAAAAGGGAGAAGGGGGCCCAGGGGUCCGGAUGGCGCAUCAGGAGAAGCAGGACCUGAGGGCACCAAAGGUGAAAAGGGUGAUCCCGGACCAAAAGGAGAACCAGGAUUCAUAGGCAAACCUGGCAUUCCCGGUGAAAGGGGCCCUCCCGGAAAGCCUGGUAAAGCAGGUAUUCCAGGGAGCGCCGGCGAGAGGGGCCCUCAAGGGGAACCAGGACCUAAAGGACCCACUGGGGAGCCUGGACCUAUUGGAGAGCAGGGACUUGAAGGUGCUCCGGGUGUAGAGGGAGGACCAGGUGCCAUUGGAGAGCCAGGGUUGAAGGGUGAUGUUGGGCUUCCAGGAGCCGAAGGGGAAAAGGGACAGGAGGGAAUCAGAGGCCCAUCUGGUCCCCCGGGAGAAGAUGGCCCUCAGGGGAAAGAUGGAGUAAAGGGUGAACCUGGUGAGCAGGGACCUUUUGGGGAGCCGGGAGAAAAGGGACCAGAAGGAGAUCCAGGUCCCCAAGGACCAGCAGGAAUACCUGGAAAACAGGGUUUUCGCGGACCAGAAGGAAAACUUGGUCCUCCAGGAAACAGAGGACGCCACGGAAAGAAGGGAGAGAAGGGUCCUCCGGGUCUUGUUGGUGAGAUCGGCUCCCGAGGGGAUAUCGGCCAACCAGGCGAGCCAGGCCUGAAAGGUGCUCGGGGAACUCGAGGCCCACCUGGUCAACCAGGGGUCAUGGGGCUUGAAGGGCAACCAGGACUACCAGGAUAUCCAGGGCACCCUGGCAAACCUGGGCCCAUUGGACCACCAGGACCUAAAGGUGAAAAGGGUUAUCCAGGCGAGGACAAUAAGACUCCAGGACAGCCAGGGCCCUUAGGUGAACCAGGGCCUCCGGGAGAGCGUGGGGAACGCGGGGAGCCAGGAGAUGAAGGAUACAUGGGUCAUGUUGGUAUUUUAGGACCUCGCGGGAGAAUCGGACCACCAGGUCCACCGGGAGUCCCUGGUCGGCCUGGAGAAGUAGGCGUUAAAGGAGAAAAAGGACCUCCAGGCACAGCUGGAAAGAAAGGAGCGAGGGGUCUGAAUGGAGCCCCUGGUGCUGAAGGCCGAGCUGGUCCACCAGGACUCUGGGGGCUGAGGGGUUAUCCAGGGCCUGAUGGCCCUCCAGGACUGACUGGCUUAGUAGGUCUGCCAGGAAAACAAGGACGACAGGGUCAGCGAGGCUCGUUGGGACCAGAGGGGCCUGCUGGACGUCCAGGUCCUAGGGGAGAGAUGGGACUUCCUGGAGCACCUGGAGAAAGAGGACCAUUUGGUCAGAAGGGAGAACUCGGUCUACCUGGAGAUAGGGGGACGCCUGGAAUCAAAGGGAUGAAAGGGGCAGCUGGUGAUCAAGGCAAGAAAGGGGAUCCAGGACCUAAAGGACAACCAGGAGAGUCUGGAGACUUGGGAAUGGUUGGUUUACAAGGCUUUCCUGGGCCAAAAGGCCCAAAUGGUGACUUGGGAAUGAGAGGCAUCCCUGGCCCGAAAGGACCUGUAGGUUCUUUGGGAUUUGCUGGACCUGUGGGCCCUGAAGGACUGAUUGGUCCACUAGGGAAGCCUGGCCCAAAGGGUCCAAAAGGGAGCAAUGGGGAAAUGGGACCUCAAGGACCACAUGGAAGUCCAGGACCACAGGGACCCCCCGGCCCCCCUGGCCCCACAAGAUACAUUUACGAUGACUCGGAUUUCCACAGUCAGUCGGACGCCGAUGCUGCCCUCAGGACGGAGACCUUUCAGAACAUUCAAAUGAGCCUCCGAGACCAAAACAUGGAGAUACUUAAAACCCUGCAUUACCUGAGCGGCGUGAUUGAGAGCAUCAAAAAGCCUCUCGGCACGAGGGAAAAUCCGGCUCGCGUCUGUAAAGACCUCCUGGACUGUCGGCACUUACAGCUCAAAGAUGAUUGGUUCUGGAUUGAUCCAAAUCUUGGCUGUACGUCUGAUGCCUUCAAGGUCUUCUGCAACUUUACUGGAGGUGGACAGACUUGUUUACACCCGGUGGCCUCCAAUAAGCUGGAGUUUGGAGUUGGGAAAGUCCAAAUGAAGUUUCUCCACUUGCUGAGUUCGGAAGCAAGCCAAAGCAUCACGUUUCAUUGCCUGGGUGAUCCAGCCUACAGCUCUGACGACAAAUUGAGCUCCACCGGACCCAAGCAAAGAGAAGAGUCCAAGCCCCGGUUUAUUGGUUGGAAUAAACAUGUAUCUGAAAAAGACACACUACUUGAACCCAAACUGAUUCAGGAUGAGUGCGAGAUUCAAGACGGCAGCUGGCACCAGUCUCAUUUCUUCUUCCACACUCAGGACAGUCGUCAGCUACCUAUUGUAGACAUCCAGGAAUUUUCUUCUUCACUGCUCCGCUAUCAACGACACAUCGAAACCGGUCCUGUCUGCUUCCUCUGACCCCAAACGUUGUCCUGUCGCCUGCUCCCGUUAAACCACUCGAGUCCGCAGAAGCUCAACCGCACCUUCCUUUCAAAGAGAUGUCGUCUCAGCUCCGUCGAAGGAUGGGUUCCACUAGAGUCGGUUGUUUUUAUUGAACAGCGUUAUCGAAGACUUUGUGAGAGUAACAGAAUCCAGGUGCCGAGAACUCAAACCUGGUGGAGCGUUCGUGCCAGCUAGGCCAAAAGAAGAACUGUGCUUUCAGAUAUUUUGUCGAAAUGUGCAAGCUCUGGUGUGUUUUGACAUUUUUAUAGUGCUUAGGAUCACUGCAUAUGGGCCUAAAUUAAUCCCCAAAUACUGGGAACGGGCCUCCCAACGCAGCUGCCAACCAAAUUGCAAACCUUACACAAAAAAAAGCACACCAAGACCAUCCUUUGCAGGGGUCAAACCAGAAGGAUCGCGCCAUGCUUCUGCACUGAGCACUGUCUUACAACAGUGUAUGCAUGUGCAAUAGUGUGUGGAUACUAUGUGACUGCUUUAAAAUGCAAAGUCUCGUCUGAGGCAGAGUUUUAGAUGGCCCUUUUGCUCUUUGGUCUUGCCCAGUUGGACUUUUACAUCUUGACCAAUGGUGCUCUACCUCUCCCUGGUUAUUUGCCUCCUAGACUAGUCGCUAAUGUCAAAAAAAGUCUUUAUUAACGCUGUGUCGUAUGUACCGGUUACAUCAAGAUUUUCUUUAUUUUAUUUUUUGUGUUAUAUGAGUACUUAUGUUGGUUUGGUCAUUUCUAAUUUAUGAACCAAUUUCGGAUAACACAACACAUUUUUGUAGCUUUUUUCUCUUCUUGGUAGGUCCCUGUGAACCUAUCAUCGGUGCUGCGACAAACAACAAUUCAUCGAUAGUUUCCUGUGUAUAUAUUGUCAGCAUAUUUUUAUUUUUUAUUUAUAAUCUUGUUUUUUUGUUUUUUAUUCACAUUGCUGUAGCACGAUAAGUUAUACACUCUCAGAAGAACUGUUUGGCCGAUCACAACUCAGUUAUUUAUGUCUAAAAGGUACAUUUGAGAGUUCACUCGUGUGACUGUUUAUCAAACUGUUGGUCACGUUGAGAGGGGGGGUUUGCUGACUGGCAGCUAUAUUUGGCCACAGGCAAACAGUCACAAUAUUCUUAAGUUAUAUUACCUUCACCGAAAGUGUUCUGUAAAGUUUGUGGAGGAUAACGGCGGAUGGAAAUGUGUAAAUAAAGAUUUGUCAAAUAAACAAAUGGUACAUUUUA